AUCCUCAAACCGUGCAUUGAAUGUGUUCAGCUCAAGACAGUGGCGUAGACAGGGGAGGGGCCAUGGGGGCACUGGCCCCUCUUGAAAACUGAUUGGCCCCCCAGUGUGCCCCCACCCUUCUACUUGUCUGUCACUCAAAAAUUCAAAUCAUAAUCUUUCAGCUUGUAGUAGAAUAAUUUAUGAUUCCGCGUCGCGAUGCUUCUCAACGAGGACCAAGAAUAGCAAACUGUUUUCCAACGGAAAAUAAGUUGAUCUAUUUUAUACAGUUUAUUUUCUUUCGAUUAGCGAGUUGUUGCAGUGCUAGAGUUUGGUAACGUUACCGUCUUUCAGUGUUAGGACGACCAGGCUCGAUGUAUUCUCUGAGAGCAGACCAACAUAAUGCUAAUAAUUACAUUUAACGUUACUAUGCUCCUGAGGCUGAAUGUAACAGGGUUUUCCUGCGUUAUGAUUUUUUUCCCAGCCGAUAAGCAAGUGAUAUUGCAAGCGAGGUGCCGGAACAAAUCGUAUGAUGUUUAUCUAGGCUAACGCUCAACACUUUAAAAGCUAACGUUACGUUAACUUUCAGAGGUGGAGGUCUUGAGUUACGUUACUACACUCUAAAUAAAGAAAAUUAAGUUACAUGACAUUGACUUCGAGUCUUGAGAACGAAUAUUCUAAAGUCUCGAACCGCAUGCCUUGAUAAUGACUUGUUUUUUGGGGGUUUAAACAUUUUACCUGUUUUUAGUUUAUAAUUUUCCAGCUGGGCUGGUUGUGAUAAAAGGCAGUGUAACAGGACGAAAAGGCAGGGAGAUAUUCAGUAUUUUUCUGCAAAGAAAAAGCCAUGCCAGCCAGUGAGGGAGAGUCCGCGUGAUGGUUUAACGUUACACACAGUGAGUUCAGAGCCUGCCUGCUCAACAGGAGACCUCUUGGUUCAGGAAGAUUUGAGCAUAAAUCAGAACAGCCCUGUACACCCAGCUGUCUCUAGGGAUGAAACAGAUGAGAGUGAAAGUGAUGUGAAAGAGAUGGAUACUUGUCACCCACCUUCAGAAGUGUAAUCUGAGCUUCCACUUACUUCUGAUACUGCUCUUACUGGACCUGAUGACAGAAGAAGAAUGGAGAAGUGAUCAUCUCUGCUUGGUUGAAUGAAGUUGGAGAAAACCUUUUUCAAGUUAACCCUGUUAAAGUCUCUGACAACAAAAGUCAUAACUGAUCCCUGUGUCCAAUUAUUUUAAGACAACAGAAGUAUUUUACAAAUAUUACUAAAGUACAGAAUUGUAGGCCGUUAUUGUGUCAUGACUCAGUCGAUGAGAAAAGAGGAAAUGAGAAACACAGGAAGAGUUACAAAUGUUCUCAUGAAGAACUAUAAGUAGAUGAUGAGAAGAGACUCAGUAAGAGAAACACAACAUGACUGAGAAGAGUGAUAUAUGUCUGCUGGGACUGAUCCUUCUCUCUUCACUAUUCACAGGUGUGAGUGAAGCAGAAGUGACUCAUGUGUUCAUCAGUUCUGGUGAAAGUGUGUCUCUGUCCUGUAAUGAUGCUCUUCAUCAAUGCUCCUCAACUACAUGGAUCUACAGUAAUUAUACAAGAUCAUCUGAAGUAGAAGUGUUUACUGGAGGAAUAAAUAAGAAUAACACAGAGAGAUCUGAGAGACUGAGUCUGACAUCUGACUGCUCUCUCAACAUCUAUAAAACAACACAACAUGAUGGUGGAGUUUACACAUGCAGACAAUAUGUGAAUGGACAUCAUCAUGAACCUGAUUCACGUGUUAAUCUACAUGUUCUUCAUGUGUCUUCAUCAUCAUCAUCACAGACUGAGAUAAGAGCAAACACAUCUCUCACUUUCUCCUGUCAGCUGUUUACAUAUGACUGUGAUUAUGAGUUCAGUUAUUAUGGAUACCAGCUGUUGUGGAUGAAUCAGACUGAUGUUGAUCUACAGACAGACUCCAGAUAUCAGAUUAGAUCAGAUAAACUCUGUCUCAUCUCUCUGACUACAACACUCGUGAAUGAAGACGACAACACAGAGUUGAGAUGUGUGCUCAAACACAAGAAUGACAUCAAGACCUCAGUCACAUAUACUGUCAGAUUUACAGAUUCAAACAAGAUUCUAGUGACCACCACAAACCCUGAGAGAUUCUCAACUCUUAACACACCAGAAACUACACAACAACAAGCAUCAACUACAACAUCAAUAAUAAUAAGAGUGAUUCUAGUGAUUGUUGAGGUGUCAGUGUUUGCUGCUCCUACUGUCAUUCUUCUUCAGAUCAUCUGUGCAGGAAGAGCGCAAAACAGAAGAAGGACUCAGAACACUCAUCCAGAAGACACAGUGAUGUCAGCAGUUUUGGAAUAAAAUCUCAAGGGCACCUCAGUCGUAAGCCACCGGCCCUAAGAAUUGAACCUGCAACCUUCUGGUCAGAAGUUCGACUCUCUAACCAUUAAACCACGACUGUCUGUAAUAUCUUCUUUUCUCUAUUAAUGUGAUAGUUCAUCCACAGAUGAAACAUCUUUCAUCAUUUACUCACCUUCAGUAACCUGUAUUUUUUCCUUUGUACACAAAAGAAGAUAUUUUGAAGAAUGUGGGGAAGUAAACAGUUCUGGGUCACCAUUGACUAUAGUAAUCUUUUGUUUGGUUACACACAUUCUUCAAAAUUCUGUCUUUGUGUUCAGCAGAACAAAGUAUUUUACACAGAUUUGAAACAUCUUGAGGGCGAGUAAAUGAUGACAGAAUGUUCAUUUUUUUCGUGAACUAUUACUUUAAAUAUGUCAACAGAGUCUGACGGUUUGUGUAACUGCAUGUGUGUUAUUGCAUUUGUGUAGCGUAGUUAAAUUGUGUGUUGAUUUAUAUCUGUUAAUUCUGGCUUAAACAUGUUUUGAUUUUGCAUAAUAGCUGAAUAAAAUGUCUGAUAAUGAUCUCUGUCACAGACUCAGAUGCUCUGUUAGCCACG